UUUCCUCUAGUGGCAGCCAUCAGGUGAGCCAAGAUGGGUGCAUACAAAUACAUCCAGGAGCUGUGGAGGAAGAAGCAGUCCGACGUGAUGCGCUUCCUUCUAAGGGUCCGCUGCUGGCAGUACCGCCAGCUCUCUGCGCUGCACAGGGCUCCCCGCCCCACCCGGCCUGAUAAGGCGCAAAGGCUGGGAUACAAGGCUAAGCAAGGUUAUGUCAUUUACAGGAUCCGUGUCCGCAGCGGUGGUCACAAGCGCCCGGUUCCUAAGGGUGCAACCUACAGCAAGCCUGUCUACCACGGUGUUAACCAGCUGAAAUUUGCCCGAAGCCUUCAGUCUGUUGCUGAGGAGAGAGCUGGGCGCCAUUGUGGAGCUUUGAGAGUCCUGAAAUCCUACUGGGUUGGUGAAGAUUCCACAUAUAAAUUUUUUGAGGGAAGAAAUCCCGACACCCAAUGGAUCACCAAACCAGUCCACAAGCACAGGGAGAUGCGUGGGCUGACAUCUGCUGGCCGCAAGAGCCGUGUCCUUGGAAAGGGCCACAAGUUCCACCACACCAUUGGUGGGUCUCGCCGUGCAGCCUGGGGAAGGCGCAACACUCUUCAGCUCCACCGUUACCGCUAA